AUGUGUGUCCUGCGCCAGCCACCACCGUCUGCGCAGAAAGUUCCUCGUUUGCCUCCCCUGACGCUCUCCAAUCCUUCUCUGAUAUCGCAGCACACACCUUGCACAAUGCACCUGUCUAUUCUACCGCCAGAGCUGGCCUGCAAACUGUUCUACACAAUGAUCGACUUAUCCCAGGACUGGAAGAGAAACAAGUGGUGGCUCUUUGACCGCAUCGUCGAAAGCCCUCAUCGAACUUCGUUCUAUGCGCGUAAGACGGAUGGCGUAGACACCGACCCAUCAUGGCAGGAAGCCGCGCAGUUCUGGUAUAAUGGCAGAAAAACCGACCCUCCAGAGGUCUUUCCUGAUGUCAUGGAAGAAGCAUGUCAGUAUAUCGAACGCGUCGUGAACGAAGAAAUGCGUAAACGGGAUAGAUAUCCAUUGGAGUGGGCUGGCAAAGGUACUGAAGGCCAGACAUGGCGCGCUAAUGUUGCUGCCUCCAACUGUUAUGAAGGUGCAAAGGAGAGUGUGGGUUUUCAUUCAGACCAAUUGACCUACCUGGGCCCAUAUCCCACAAUUGCAUCCUUGAGCCUCGGGACUGGGAGAGUUUUCCGUCUACGAGAAGUCAUUCCUAGUGAUGAAAUUGGCUCUCGGUGCGCUAGAACAUUUAAUAUUCCACUUACACAUAACUCUAUGAUUAUCAUGCAUGCCUCUACUCAAGAGCGCUUCAAGCAUUCCAUCCCGCCCCAACCAACACUCGACGUCUUUCGUCCCUUAUUCCCUCGUGAUGAGCAUUUGGCUCCUGAACCCUCAAAUUGUCGUAUAAAUAUCACUUUCCGGUUCUAUCGCCCAGAUUUUCAUCCCAAGAGUAUUCCGCGGUGUAAGUGUGGCGUGCCCACUGUUUUACGCGCAGAUAUGAAGAAUAGACAGGAUGGGAAGACAGAUCGUUAUUGGUGGUCGUGCUAUGCUGGCGCACAAAAUGAUGGAAAAGGAUGUGAUUUUUGGCGCGUGAUGGAUAUGAAAACUGAGGGGCGAGGACCGACAAUAGAAGAUACUUCAGGUGAUAAAAGCCCAGCAUAG